AUGGAAAAACAAUCCAUCUAAUAAAAGUAAAAAAAAUAGACAGAACAGAAACUGGAAAUUUUUAGAAAGUCAAAUCUAAAUCACAAACGUAAUUAUUACUAACUAAAAAUAAAGGGAAGAAUUUAGAAACUGAAAUCACUAAAAUUGGCUUAAUUAAAAAUAUUUGAUGGAGAAUAAUAAUAAUGCAGUCAAACUUCUGAACAAUCCAUCAAAGAAGAAUAUUCUAAUGAUCAACUUUAAUAGAAAUUCUGA